GCGGUGGGAGUCAGUUCUGUUAUAGUAGGCCACGAGGCAGCACUUACCCACCAGGCUUUUUCAUUACUUGCAACUCUCUCUUUAGUUUGGUAGAAUGAAAAGACAAUCGGUGUAUCAGUGUCAGUGUUGAAGCCGCCGAAAUAAACAAUAUAUAAACAAUUAACAGUUGACCAUCUCAAUAAAGUCUAAUCCAGUCUAAAGUCUAUUCCCAGAACUUUGAUUUAAGUGAGGGAAACAGUUAUUAAAGUAAUUAAUGGUUGUUCUUACAACCGUAAAUUGAAUGCAAAUUUUAUUUAUGUGAAAUUUCGUUUCAUCUAUAUAUUUUGAUUUAUCAAUGACAGUGAAAUAAUAUAACUGGUUUAUUUCAAUAGAAAGUACUGAUAAUUUGAAAUGACAUAUUGUGAUGAAUUGACUGAAUGAUUUUUCAUUAAUUGAUGUAUAAUGAGAUUGCAGUGGACUAUAUAACUAAUGAUGAAUUGCCAUUAGCGUUUUGGAUUGGGAGGUGUUUUAUUGUGAGAUGAGCAUCAACGUUAUUUUUAUUAUUUUAGCAAUUUGUUGGAUCAAUUUUCUCGGUGAUCCUGUAAGGGCUGAACGAUGGCCAUGGGCGCUGGACGAGCAGAACGAUGCUGAGAUAUUCCAAGCAAUCGUCGAAUCGAUGAGACAAUGGGAAUUGCACAGAAAAAUUUCCCACAGAGCCAAGCGAGAAGUUUCAAGGGUUUGCUAUGAAGAUGUCGGCUGUUUUGAGGACACUGGACCUUUUAGCUAUCUGGAGAUGCUGCCUUCCCCUCCAAAAGAUGUCGGGACGAGAUUUUUUGUCUAUGGGACUCGCAAGGCAAGAUCAGUGCCCAUGGAAGUUGCUGCCGAUGAUAUCAAUGAAAAGGCAAAUAAUGCAAUUGACACGGAGUUGCCAACCAAGGUCAUUGUUCAUGGUUUUGGAUCGGGCUGCGAUCACAUCUGGGUUUACGAGAUGAGAUCUGCUUUGAUGGCAGCUCAUGACUGCAAUAUUGUUUGCGUGGACUGGGGUCCAGGCAGUGUCCUCCCGAAUUAUGUAAGAGCAGCGGCAAAUACUCGUCUCGUAGGAAGGCAACUGGCCAAGUUGAUAAGAGGACUGAAUAUCUCUCUUGAUAAGGUGCACUUCAUUGGAUUUAGCCUGGGAGCUCAUGUCGCUGGAUUCGCUGGAGCAGAGCUCGGAAAUGUAUCCAGGAUCACAGGUCUCGACCCUGCAGGGCCCCUCUUUGAAUCCCAGGAUCCUCGAGCAAGACUAGACGAGACAGAUGCUAAUUUCGUAGACGUCAUACACAGCAAUGGAGAACAGUUGAUUUUGGGAGGAUUGGGUUCCUGGCAGCCGAUGGGAGACGUUGAUUUCUAUCCCAACGGAGGUAGAAUGCAGAUCGGCUGUUCAAAUCUUUUCGUUGGUGCUGUGUCUGACAUAAUAUGGAGCGGAUCAAUCGAGGGUCGAUCGCUCUGCAAUCAUCGUCGAGCCUACAAGCUCUUCACCGACUCCAUCAGUCCAAAAUGCCGUUUUCCAGCGUUUCCCUGUGAAAAGGGGUAUGAUGGUCUACUCCAAGGUGACUGUUUUCCUUGCGGUCAGGACAGACCUUGCGGAGACAUGGGCUAUUACUCGGACUCCUCUAGUGCGCGUGGACAGUUAUAUCUGGUGACCAGAGAGGAAGAGCCAUUCUGCGCCCAUCAGUAUCAAAUAAAAGUUUACAAUAGUCGCAGUGAAAGACCAACAAGGAGUUAUGGUAAACUGCAGGUAACACUUGUUGGCGCUGGGGGCUUUAACGAGACUUUCACCAUGACAAAAAAGGAUGAUGAAGAACUGGUUGUUGGGGCUAUACUCCAUAAAAUUGUCGUUCCUCAUCCAGUUGUUAUUGAUUUAGAUGCUAUUGAGGUGAAAUAUACGGCAUACAGUGGAUGGAUAUCCUCCGGUCUCGUCUCCUGGAGCAUCGACAAGGUCUCUAUCUUCGAUAGCUUUGGAAAGAGCCUAUCGAUCUGUCGAAGAGGGCUCAUUCUUGAAUCAGGGCAUUCCGUGCAUUUUCCACUAUACUCGGGCGAGUGCAAUAUUCCCGAAGAAUCAGCUACUUUCACUGACGAUUCAAUGUCAAAUACCACAACCUCGUCUUCAAAUGAGGCGAAAGAUUCAGAAGAUUCUGGCAAGAGUAACACUGUAACAAAAACUAUUGGAAUAGGUCCCUUCAUGAAAGAUCAAAAUUUUCAAUCCAACUUGGAUAGAAAAGAUAUCUACAGCGUGGACCUGCCGAUAGAUCGGGCAAGUACCUCCAAAAACAUAGGACCUUUCACGAAGGAUCAGAAUCUUCGAAUAUUUGACAAAACUCCAUCAAAUACACCAGAACAGUCGAAACAAACCGUUUGGUUCUUCAUAGAUCUCAACGGCACUGGAAACUCACUUGACAACACUGAAACUGAGUCGGGUCGUGGCUUUUCCAGCUUAUCCUACAUUCCCCCAGCUUUCAAGUCCUCCAACAAUCUCGAGAAUCGUACAUCUUUACCUCAAAAUAGCAAAUACCACUCAGAAAUCCAAGAGCCAGUUCUUCAGGCCAAGAAGAAGGAGACAGGAAGGUCCAUGCGACUUCCUGAGAUUACGGAGCCUAUUUUGAGACCUAGAACUACGCGACAAAACUCAGAGGCAAGUUCUAAAGGCCCUGAAGAAAGCCAGGUACCUGGUGAGAAAGUGCGCGAUGAGUCUGUGGGAUUUACUGUGCAGUUUCUGCCAGAAAGAUUAGCGGGAAUCUUGGCUCAGGCCGAGAGAUACGCCCGACAGACUCUUCUUCCUCUCAUUUCUCAAUACACACCAUCCUUCAUCAAUAACUCUCGAAAGGAACGCCUCAAGUAUUUUCCCUCCCUCUCAGAAAUAUCGCAGGAUGAGGAAAAAAUUAAUAAGCCAAGUGAAGAUUCUAAUAAACAUGCGGAAAAAAAUUGGUCCGAUCAAGGGGGUGAAAACAGAUUCAGCGGUGAUAUUUCAGGAGAUAAGAAGGAAGAUUGGAUUCCAAUUACAGUAUCUCAAAAUAAUAGAGAUGAUAAGAAUGCUAGCACUUUCAGGAGCUCUGAUAAUUCGGAGGGCAAGUGGAUUAAACGAGAGGGAAAAGAAUUACUAGAAAUUCAACAGAAUGAAAAACCUCACGAGACAACUUUUCAGAGUAGCUCUUCAAUGAUAAAAGAUAGUGAAAGUGUUAAAGAGGAGGAAACGCAUGUUGUUGAUGCUUGGGUGCCGAUAAUUAAUCGGGGAAAAAUCGAUACUUCAAUUUUAAGUUCUCAAAACGUUGCAAAUUUACCGUCCAGUGAUAAUGUGAAUUCUAAUGAUGAAAAAGAUUCGCGAAAAUUUAUUCCGCUGAUUGAUAUUCAGCCCAAUGUGCGUUUGACUGCUAAAGAGAGGGAAAAUAAUCGGGCAAUAAUUUCGACGACUGAGGAAAUUUCGCCGCACGUUGAGAAAAUUGAGAAUAUGGUGGAUAUGAGGAGUAGCUUCAGAAGUUUUGCGACCAAGUCGUUGGCUUUUCCGUAUGCCUAUGAGAGGAAGACGGAUCCUAGGACUAGGUACAUCCCUCUAAUACCUGAGGAAGACAUGGGAAGGAAGGGGAGACUACACGAAAGAGAAGAGCGAUGAUUUUAUACCGCUUCCAAAAUUAAUUUUUGGACAUUGUACAGAUUGUUUUGGGCAUCCGACUAAUGAGUUUGCUUAGAGAGAAAUGUUAGAAAAUUCUACUUUGUGAAGAACGGGACCAGUAAUUCAGGAAUCCGACGCCAAGAAAUUUAUUUCACAAGGAAAAAGCAAAAUCCAAAAAUGCGGUUCAAACAAACAAUUGGUGUAAUAGUAUUUUCCAUUUUGUUGAUAGAAUUUUUGUUCAAUAUAAAUUUUUCUUGGAUAAAUUAGAAAAAAAGAGAUAUUUGAAACGGAUAAGAAUUUUGAUUAUUGUUCUCAACUCUAUAAGGUAACAGACUCAGGAAUUAUUCAAUUUCCGGAAAUAGUUGCCUAUCAACUUGUUUUUAAAUGUAUAAUCACUAAUCUCAAUUCAAUAAUAAUAAUAAAUGGGAAGUAUUAUAAAAUAUACACCUAAUUAAUUUAUAAAUUACUUCAUACAUUACGCUGCAAAUUACGAUUGUUACUAUUUUUUGUAUUUAUUGUAGAACUUGGAGACUAAGACAAUUACAACAAUAAUCCCUG